GCUGGGUAUCCUCUUCUCGGUCGAAGCGUUCUCCUCGAAGUCGCAGUCGCCUCGAACGAUCCUCUCGCGAAGGUAACGCGGGAUAUCUCGUCAUCUUUUUUCCUAACGAACGCGACCGUACACGAUUAUCGUUCAUUGAACACUAUGGAACACCUACGACGUCUCUUGUUCCUUGCAUGGGUGGCUGUUUUCUGGACCUGUGCCUUGGCUCUUCAACGACCACCGCCCAGAUACUCCCAACAGUACAUGCCGGAAACUUCCUUCACUUGUCGCAACAAGAUCGUAGGAAGCUAUUACGCGGACCCUGAGACCGACUGCCAAGUGUUCCACGUUUGCGUGUCGGUCUCUGGCACUGUUCAGGAUUACAAGUUCUUAUGUCCUAACGACACGGCUUUCGAUCAAGAGAGUCAAACGUGCGCCGAUUGGUACGACGUAGACUGCGAAGCCGCCACUCUCUAUUACGCGAGUGACAAUUUCGACCUCUACCGAAUCGGAUCUGGCCUAGAAUCGCUUCAUUACGACAGUAUUCGUAGCGACGCGGAACCUCAGGAUCAUCUUCAACGUAGCGAGACCAGCGACCCUGUCCGCUCGUCCGCCAACAAUCUCAAUAGAAUAUCCUCCAACAAUUACAACUCGAACGGCAACAGAGAUCUACGCGGCAGCAACACGGGCAAUUAUUACAACAACCGAAACGGCAAGGACGACGAUUACGAGAACGACAAAUCCUACAAGGACGAGGUUAAUCAAGAAACGAAGAAGAAGACGGGAGUCAGGAAGGUUAGCAGAAAGCAACAGUUCAACGACAACGGCAACGGCAACGGCAACGGCAACAAUUACGUUUCAUCGAGCACACCUGCGCCUGCCGUCGUCGGCAAUCAGAACACCUACACGGGUUUUUACAGUGGGAAUAAUUACAAUCAACGAGGUAACGGUUUCGCCUCCUCGACCAGCACCAAGCCUCAAGAUUAUAACAGAAAUCAAAACGUUCAAGGAUACAAUUCACCGUCCUCCACUUAUAAACCGUCCACCAACUAUCAGAACAAUUACAAUUUCCAGUCCCCUAGCACGACGUCCAAGACGACUAUUUACAACGCUUACAACUCCAAUUACAAUCAACAAAAUACCGGUACCUACACUCAGAGCACGACGGCGAAACCGAACAAUUACAACAAGAAUUAUCAGAGUUACAACAACGCUGGCCAGUUCGUACCAUCGACCACUUUGCAACCCAGCACCAAUUUCCAAGUAAACGAUUACACGAAUUAUCAGCGAAAUUACAAUAAUAUUCAACGCGGAAACGGCAAUAACGUACCUUACCAAUCUACCACCGCUGCACCCGUUUACGAUAAUACUUACAGCAACAAUAACAAUAACGGACAAUAUAGACCAGCUACAUCAACCAGGCAAGAGGUUGCUCAGACCACUAAAUAUUUCCCAAGUUUCGCGAGCAGCAGUUACGCGCCGACGACCUACAGUCCAGCAACCAAGAAAUAUAUCGAUAACAGUCAAGCUCAAACCGUAACCAGGAAUACGGAGAACGGGCAAUACUACGAGAAAUCUAGCCAGUCGAUUAAGAGUUCGUCUCAAUAUUACGACAGCACGAAAACUCCGAAAAAGGCAACGCAGUACAAUUACGAUAACAACGGGAAAUAUUACACCGAAAGCAGCACGAGCAAUUACGAGUUCGCGAGAUCAUCCAUCGGAAUCGGAUUCAGCCCUGCGAGUAUCAAUCACUUGGCCGAAACACCGCGAUCCACCACUCCAGUGCCAAGGAGAGUUUCCACCGUGACCACUUACAACCCGAACAGCUACGAUUCGAACACGCAAAAACCAGCGCAACCGCGAACGACUCCUCGAGCGAGCACGUACGUCAGCGGGUCAGCUAGACCCUUCUCGUCGACGUCCAGAUUACCCAACACCACGACGCCUCGACCAAAAUCUGGCAAGAAGAACGAUUACGAUUACGCCUACUACGACAAUACCGCUGGUCUCGAGUACGAUAGUUUGGACUUGGAACACGUAACCGGGACCAAGGAAUCGACGAAAAUCGCGAGGAAUUGAUCGCGAGGAAAAUCGAUUAAUUAGGAGAAUCCAUCCUUGCCACGCGGAUCGUCGUUAGUUUUAAAAAACUUUGGGAAUCGAUGAUGGAUUAUUGUGGCCAGUGUAUCGUCAAAAUCGGUUUUCGAUAAUACAGAGAAAAAGAGAGGGAAACAUUGAAAAUCGAUUUUGUUCUAAACAAUAGACACACAGAGAUCCUAUUUUUUUAUGAAUUUAACCUAACGAAUAUUUCAAUGGAUCUACAUAUAUCUCUCUGAUCUAUCUCUUCUUCCUUUACAGUAUUGUAGGAUAAAGAACUGUGUUUGCAUAAGUUAAUGUUGCGUGUAUCGUUAAAGUAUUAGCAUUAGACAAAUUUUAUAAUAAAGAUGGCACUAUAAUGCCUUAUUAAAAAGAAAACUGCUUUCGAUGAAUGAUUUGUUCGUAAGAAAUUCGCUACUACUUUACCGUCGAAAGAUAAGAAAAAUUUAUUUCAAACUACUCGUAAAUUAUUUGGAAAGUUUAGUGACCACUCUUAUUGUUCGAUAAUGGAUAAUAUUUGAAUGCGACAUAUUUCGCAUGGCAACUUGAAAAAGUAUUUUUACGCUUCGCUCUUACAAAUUAUUGUUUCAUAUACAUGUAAAUAAAGUAUUCGGUAGUAACGUUUACCAUCUUUUUAUUUCGUUCCUUUUAAAUCUGCUUAAUGUAAUUGCC